AUGCGUCUUUCACUCACGUACAUCCUUGGCCUCGCCGGUGCCCUCGCUCAGACGAGCGUGAGCUCGUACAUCACUACCGAGUCUCCCAUCGCGAAGGCCGGCGUGCUCGCCAACAUCGGUUCGAGCGGAUCGCUCUCCUCGGGUGCUAAGCCGGGCGUUGUCAUUGCUAGCCCGAGUACGGUCAACCCCGACUACCUCUACACCUGGACACGAGACUCGUCCCUGACGUUCAAGGCUCUCAUUGACCAAUAUGUCAAUGGCCAAGACGACACACUGGGUACUCUCAUCGACGACUUCACCCAGACUGAGGCGACUCUCCAGCAAAUCGACAAUCCCAGUGGUUCUGUCAGUACUGGCGGUCUCGGAGAGCCGAAGUUCAACAUCAACGAAACUGCCUUCACCGGCGAUUGGGGACGUCCGCAGCGUGAUGGCCCCGCUCUGCGUGCUACUGCUAUCAUGACGUAUGCGACCUAUCUAUGGAACAGCGGGAAUACGAGCUACGUGACUGAGACCCUCUGGCCGGUCAUUGAACUUGAUCUGAACUACGUCGCGGACAACUGGAACCAGUCUACCUUUGACCUCUGGGAGGAGGUUGAUUCAUCGUCGUUCUUUACUACAGCAGUGCAACACCGUUCUUUGCGUGAGGGUAUCACCUUCGCGAAACUCAUCGGCGAGACCUCGGAUGUAAGCAACUACGAGACCCAAGCCGAUGCCCUGCUUUGUUUUCUGCAGUCCUACUGGAACCCCGCAGAUACGUACAUCACGGCUAACACUGGCGGUGGUCGGUCAGGCAAGGAUGCGAACACCGUUCUGGCUUCGAUCCACACUUUCGACCCUGCUGCUGGCUGCGAUGACACGACGUUCCAGCCCUGCUCGGACAAGGCACUGUCAAAUGUAAAGGUCUACGUCGACUCGUUUCGGUCUAUCUACACCAUUAACAAUGGCAUCUCGGCCGACGCUGCUGUUGCCACUGGCCGGUACCCCGAGGACUCGUACUACGACGGUAACCCCUGGUACCUCUGCACGCUCGCAGUCGCCGAACAGCUCUACGACGCGCUCAUUGUCUGGGACGCGCUCGGCGAGCUGAACGUCACCUCCACCUCCCUCGCGUUCUUCUCGCAGUUCGACUCGUCCGUGGCCACCGGCACCUACGCUUCGGACUCGGACGAGUACAGCACGCUUACGAGCGCGGUGCAGGCGUUUGCGGACGGCUUCGUCGAGCAGGUCGCGCAAUACACGCCGUCGAACGGCUCGCUUAGCGAGCAGUACAGCAAGUCGGACGGCAGCCCGCUUAGCGCGUACGACCUCACAUGGAGCUUCGCGGCGGCACUCACCGCGUUCGAGGCGCGUGCCGGGAACAAGUAUGGCAGCUGGGGUGCGGCCGGUCUGAACGCGACUUGCUCCGGGAGCGGUAGCGGCGAGGACACCGUUGCGGUCACAUUUACCGUCGAUUACGAUACCGAGUACGGAGAGAACCUGUACAUCACCGGCUCCGUUGACGCGCUCGAGAACUGGUCCACCCGUGACGCACUGAUCAUGUCUGCUGCGGACUAUCCGACCUGGAGCAUCACCGUCAACCUACCUGCGAACACGACCAUCCAGUACAAGUACAUCGCGAUCUUCAACGGCGACGUCACCUGGGAGGACGACCCGAACAACGAGAUCACGACGCCCGCGAGCGGCAGCGCGACUCAAGCCGAUAGCUGGCAUUGAACGGACCAUGGCUCGUGUACGAUGGUGUUGCAAGAUUGUCGGCGAGCUGUAGCCGAUUGGGACUCUCCUUUACCCUGCCUAUCGCUUAUUGCAUUGUUGUGUCACUAGUCACUGAUACA